AUGAACAUUGUCAAGCGUGAGCCCAACCCGGAACCAGGCAGAGACUCCGAAUUCGACUUCGACUUCGAUGAUGACGGCGACAUUGAUGACUAUGACCUCAAGCAGCUCAGCCCCGAGGAACUCGAAAAAGCCUUCAGGCUCAUGAGCGAAAUCCCGGACAAGGUGCUUGAACAGGGUUCCGAUGCGAUGGAGAAGUGGCUGAGAAAGCACAAAGGCCAAUCGAAACCGAUCUCCGCCCGUGGGUGGACUGAUCUGUGGAAUGUUACCAAUUACAAGAACGCUGCGAAACUGCUCCUUAACCGCGGGAAGGGCAGUCGGAAGAAGAAGUCCCACCAACGCAUGCAGAAACUCGCCGCCGAGGUUAUUGGCGUGGCUGUCAUCCAGUCAUACUGUACCUAA